UGGUGGAUGUGGGAACACCUCGGUCCGCUCCCCGGUGUGGACCGGCUCUCGCCCCCGCUCUAGACUAACGGGAGACGGGACAGCUCCAAAGCUCCGACCCCGCGGAAAAAGACAAGAGCUAACCCUCCAAACUGAGGCCACAGACUUCUCACAAUGGCGCCUGAAGUUCUGCUUCUCCUUAAUGUCGAGGCGCAGCAACAUUUUCCCAAGUGAGGGCUCAACAUGGCGGCUGUAGCGCGUCAUCGAGGUGUAUUUUAUUUUCCACUUUUAAUGGCGCUAACCGUUUUAGCUAGCCAACCAGCUAGCCAACCAGCUAGUCAACCAGCUAACCAGCUAGCCAACCAGCUAACCAACCAGCUAGCCAGCCAGCUAGCCAACCAGCUAACCAACCAGCUAGCCAGCCAGCUAGCCAACCAGCUAACCAACCAGCUAACCAACCAGCUAACCAACCAGCUAGCCAACCAGCUAGCCAACCAGCACCGUCCCCGUUCUUCGGCGAGGGGGUUGAGUGCAACGCGUUGGCAUGACAACUUCACAGAUUUAUCACCGGACAAGUUACCGCGGCUCUACCUGACUACCUGCCGUUUCAGCCUCAGGUCAGAUGGAUUCACCUGGAGGCUCCACAGUCUCCGGUUUAACCCCCGCUCACACACAGAGAUCGCAGCGUCUCUACCAGAGGUUCCUGACUGAUGCCGCCGCCGGCCUCACCUUCUCCCCUGAUGCGGGGACGGAUCCCAGGACUGACGGAGUCCUCUACAUCCAGGCAGACUACAACCACUUAUUCAGGCCCACCGGAGUCCUGAGACCGGCUGCCAAGAGUAGACUGUAUAGACCGGCUCCAAGGCUGAACCACAGACAGGCUCCAGAGGAGUUACCAGCAUAUGGAUGGUUGCCACGGUUACUGGACUCAUCAGAGUCUGCGAGUCACCCCCCACCGCAGAGGAGACGACUGCUGCAGGACUCCUGCAUGGGAACCAGAGUGACGGAGGUCAAACCGGUCCACAAGGUGGCUCAUAAAACCCACAUCGUCUUAAAUGACUCAAAGUCCAGACACCUGCAGAGGCGGCCCCCCCCGGCCCGGAAGGCCACGCCCACACGCACCAACAAGAAGAGUGUGACCACGGAGAGCCUGGACCAGGACCAGGACCAGGACCAGGACCAAACCAGACGACCACAGUCAGAUUCUUCAGGUUCAGGUGCUGACAGCUGCGUCGCUGCACAGUGUGUCGUCCUGGACGGAGACCACAGGGGAGUCAUCCAGAGACUUCUGGCACAACUCUUCCAGGAGGACCAACCCCCACGCAGCCAGGACCAGCCUCCUGAUGUCCAGCUGGUUGUUUCACAGCUCAUCUUCCUCAGCAGCCAAAUGACUCUGGUGCGCUCCCUGGUGGCGGAGCGGCUGAACAGCUCUGAACCAGAGGGCAGACUCGUGGCCUGUCGCACUCUCUGCAGCCUCAGAGGACCCUUCAACAAGGAUGUUGUUCACAAACUGACUCACCUGAUGUGGAGCGACCCGAGCGAGCGGGUUCGCCACGCUGCCGCAGACUCUCUGAUUAAGCUGGGAAAGGAACAGAACGUUCACAGACACCUGAGGGUGAAGCUGGAGGAUGGACGGGGGCUGCAGGACAGGGUGGAGGCUUUGAAGCUCAUCAGCAGCCUGAAGUUAACGACGGCGAAGCUGCUCAAGUCUCUGGUUUCCUGCUUCAAAGACGAAUCCCCUGCUGUCAGGAAACAGGCCUGUGUGUCGGCUGCGUCUCUGCUGCUGAAGGACGAGACGGUUGUGAGUCGUCUGCUGGAGCUGCUGGAGAACGACCCGGCGCGGGAGGUCCGACUGUCCGCCAUCGAAGCUGUGGGUGCGUUAGGUUUGUCAUCAGCAGACGUGCAGGAGACGCUGCAGAGCUACGUGGAGACUGAGGAGGAUGCAGAGCUGCGUGAGGCUGCCUGCAGGCUGCUACCUGUGGACAACCUGCACGACUUCCUGCUGCUGGAUCCUGAAUGCAACGGUCUGGUCUGCAGGACGAUAACAGAAACGCUGCAGGAGGAACGCUGCAACGCUCAGCUCAUCAGUCUGCAGGUGAAGCGUCUGUGUGAGGGGAGAAUCAUCGCAGACAAAGUGCUGCUGCUGGAGAAGCUGCAGAAUGAGAAACACAAGGGUCGCCGCCUCCAGCGCAGGGUGCUGUGCAGGCUGAUGAGUCUGCUGUACAGGACUGAUCUCUACGAGACGCCCGAUGAUCCCUGAUCACUGCUGAUCACUUCCUGUUUACUCCUGAUUAAAGAUGAAAGCAAGUGAAUGAAGGGGUUCAACAGUAUUUGUCACAGUGAGGAGUUUUAUUUCUCUCUGGCAGCUACAAACCAAUAGAGGAGCAUGGAAUUUAAAAUAUCUAGAAUUCCUUUUAUGAUACCUGUAGUGUAAGAACUAUGGAGGACCAGCAGUAAUUUCAUUUCCUUAGGCAUUAAAAAUAGGAAUUAUAAAAAGAAUUUAUAAAUGAUUGAUUAAUCCGUCAAUAAAUACUUCAGGUUUAAAAAUGGAUUUACAAAAACAGCAUAAACUCAUUAAACAAACCAUUUAUAAGUACAUUUAUUAAUUAUUGAAUAAAUAAUAUUAUCUGAAAAACUAUUUGUAAAGACUUUUUAAAAAUGGUAAAACAUUCCUGGAUUCCUUCUUCAAAUUCCAUUUCCGCUGCCUCUCCCGUUGGCUCAUCGAUCAGCUUAGUGAUUUAACCUCUCUGACUCUCUGGUUAGCUCAACCAAUCAGAGAGCUUGUUACAGUGCAUGGCCAGUUGGGAAUGUUUAGCCUGAUUCAAUCAACACUGAAGGGCCAGAGUGUCAGACUGACACUGAACAGACCCAAGGACUAAACGAGCUCUAAUAUUAACCAGGUCCAGCUCCACCGCUCCAACACACGGUGACAACACAACAAAACAGGAGCCGUCAAUAACAAGAUGGCUGGAAGGUCCAACUGUGGACUGUCGUCACUUUCUAUAGAACUAUAGUGUAAUUUGUAUUUGUGCAACUAUCACAGAAGCAGGAGACGUUUAAACAUGAAGCAGAAAAGCAGAAUGUGAAACCAA